AUGGAAUCGAAGGAGUCUGGACGUUCCAGUCCCCAGCAAUACCAGCAUGAUACUGUUGCUGCUGCUCCAGCUCCGCCAAAUGGAGGGGUCGCUGGCUGGUCUACUGUCUUUGCCUCCUUCCUACUCUUCGCCAUUACCUAUGGAUACUCGUCUGCGUUUGGGGCCUUCCAGGCGUAUUAUGAGUCUGACUUGUUGCGCUCCAGUUCCCCAUCACGCAUCGCCUGGAUAGGCACCAUCCAAGGGUUCUUCAUGAUCUCCACGGGUGUUCUUGCCGGGCCACUGUUUGAUCAGGGAUAUCUGCACGCGCUAAUGACUGUCGGCUGUUUGCUGAACGUCAUUGGGUUCAUGAUGCUGAGCUUAUCUACAGAGUAUUAUCAAGUGUUCUUAUCACAGGGUGUUUGUAGCGGCAUAGGCUGUGGCUUGAUCUACGUACCCGCCCUGUCACUGGCUUCCACCCUUUUCACCACACGCCGCAGCAUUGCCGUCGGCCUAUUGUCAUCUGGGGCCAGCAUUGGUGGAACCGUCUUUCCAAUUCUUUUUAUCCGGCUGCAGCCACUGAUCGGGUUUCCCUGGACAGCACGCACCUUGGCCUUUAUCCAGAUAGCCUGCUCCUGUGUCGCCGUCCCGCUGCUGAUAGCCACGACCAAUCCAAAACCCAGUCCACCACGCCAGCUCAUCCACUGGCAUGCAUUGAAGGAGUGGAGCUUCAAUGCCUACGCAUUUGUCAACUUUCUCUUCUUUGUGUCCUACUUCGUCCCGCUAUUCCUCCUACCUUCCUUUGCCCAGUCCACACUGCACACUUCAGCAGACCUGAGCGUCUAUAUAGUUUCGAUAUUCAAUGCGAGCUCCAGUAUCAGCCGUAUAGGCUGCCCUCUGCUGGUUUCUCGUUUCGGCCCGAGUAAGGUAUUGUAUACUAGCAUGGCUGGUUGUGCAGUCAUCCUCUUCGGCUGGACAGGCGUUCACACAGUCGCCGGAUGCAUUGUCUUUUCUGUCUUCCUCGGGAUUUUCACCGGCAGCUUUAUCGCCGUUACUCCGGUAUUGAUGGCUCAUCCGGUCAUUUCGCCUACCCCAUCGGUCAUUGGGACGCGUAUGGGCAUGCAGUGGUUUGCUGUUAGUUUGGGUGCGUUGAUUGGUGCGCCUAUUGGUGGUGCUCUCGAGGGGUACGGUGGAAGCAAUGGAUUCUUGGGUAUGCAAUUGUUUAGUGCAAUGGUGAUGGCUUUGGCAGCUACAGUACUGCUAGUGCCCAUGAGGGCGAUUUGGCGGUAUAAUCACGCCCAACACGUUGUCUAG